CAGCCAUGCAAGUGCUAACGAAACGCUACCCCAAGAAUUGCCUGCUGAAGGUCAUGGAUCGGUACUCGGCUGUGGUGCGGAACAUGGAGCAAGUGGUGAUGAUCCCCAGCCUUCUGAGGGAUGUGGAGCUGAGUGGGUACGGAGGCUCGGUCCAGGACGGAGCCCCCGAUCUCUAUACCUACUUCACCAUGCUCAAGAGCAUCUGUGUAGAAGUGGACCACGGGCUGCUGCCGCGGGAGGAAUGGCAGGCCAAGGUGGCAGGCAAUGAAGGCAGUGAGGCUGAGAAUGAGGCUGCUGAAACAGAGGAGGCUGAGGAAGACAGGCUUUCGGAGGAGCUGGACCUAGAAGCCCAGUUCCACCUGCACUUCUCCAGCCUCCAUCACAUCCUUACCCACCUGACCCAGAAAGCACAGGAGGUGACGCAGAAAUACCAGGAAAUGACGGGGCAGGUCCUGUAGGUCUUCGACUCUAUGGAAGAUCACUUUACACGAGAGGGAAGACGAUGAGGACCCAGCGGUGCAUCAGCCCCGAGACCAGGAAGGAAGACCUGGACCCAGGUGGAUGCAAAGGCGGCUCCUGUCCCUGGGUGUCCCCCACCUCCCUCUGAGCGCAUCUGUGGACUUGGCUGCAGGCUCACCUUUAAGAUGUCUGUUGUGAUUCCCAACUUCUCUUCCAUGUCUUAGCAGUUUGAGGUUCACAGGCAGCAAGGAUCAGUAGAAGGCAGAGGUAAUAGCAAGCGGCCAGAGUUCACAUCCCAUCCCUGGGAUGUCCUUUAGUGCCUGGGGUCACAGUUACUCUUUCAUGUAUAAAGCAGGGACGCUGUAUUUACCUCACAAGGUUACUAAACGGACACGGAAUCAAAGGCACCUGUCACGUGCGGAUGUCUGAACAGCUGGUGUUUCUCUUACCUUCCUCAGAGAGCAUGCUCUGUGUAGCUCUUGCUUUUGACCCCCAACCCCAGGAAAAGGUUGAGGUAGUUGAGUGUGUGGGAUGAGCUUCUCAUCCUGUUGGAUCUGAUGAGGCUGAGCACAAGUGAACUAUGCAACUAUUAUAGUAGCAAUUAAAAAAUACAUGGCAUGCUGAUCUUUUUUUUUUCUUCUUCUUAUUGAUUCUUCAUGAAUUUCACAUCAUGACCCCCAGUCCCAUUCAUCUUCGUCCCUCCAUAUCUGCCCUCCACCCUUGCAACUUCCUCCACAAAAGAAAACAAACAAAUAAACAAAACUUUGCUGUGGAA